GGGGCCAUGCUGCAGAAGGCCUUGCACGAGAAGGAGCCCCGCUUGGUGCAUUCCGAGUCCAAUGAGUCUCUUUUUCAGGAAUUGCAGCAGGUGGUCCAAGCAGAACCUGCGAUGGUGUCGAAAGCCAUCGCGUCGCGCACCAAAGGUGAUAGGAAGGAGAUUGCACGGCUGCUGGGGCAUUUGCCCAUGAUACGAGAGUAUCGCGAGCACUCCCACGGACGGGCGCUUUCAAGUCAAGGACCCAUGAGCGCUCGCUACGUGCCAAGGCCGCCUAUGGCACGCAAACAGGCCUGGGAGGAGCCUCCAAAGUCGGCGCGCGCGACGAACAGGCCAACAAGUCGUCAAGAAGAUGUUGUCGACAGGCGACCCCCGACGCCCCGACCGCGAACGCCGCGAACGCCGCGAACCCCGAGUCGCCGUCCGGCCACUCCAAGGCAAGAAACUCAAGAGGCGCCCCGGAGACCGCGCUCAGCCGCUGGGUUCCUAAUGGAAGCUCCUGCUGAAAGGCUGGAGGUGCACUCCGGGGACCAGUCUCCAACGGACAGGCCGCCUGACAGGAUUAACGUUCAGGAUGAAGCAUGGUAUCAGCAGGCAUUGAAGACGGCUGCGGCGUCCGCAAGGCUUGGAUUUGCAGCAAUGCCGCUUGAGGACGAGGUGCCUCUCAAGAAAGACAGAGAGGAAGCGGAGGCCCGCAAACGAUACCUUGGUAAACUCGCGGAGGUGGGAAUUGACCCGGAGGGGAUGACGGCGGGUGAUAUUUUGCGGUUGCUUUAUGCGCGAGAUAGCAGCACCACUUACAAGCGCAUGAACAAGGAGGCCCAAAAGAAGCUUCUGGUGCGGGUUCGCACGCCUCUGUGUAUGCGAACAGUGCUGAAAGAACGAGCAGUGCAAGAGGUGAAGGCGGCCAGAGACAAACCGGCUGAACUGGUUCACGAGUGCUUGGAUCGAUGGGAAAUCGAAAACUUGGCUGAGGUGUGUCGAAGUCUGAAGUUUUUUGAUGAGGAGGCAGCUGGGCAAGUCUCCACCUACCUUCGCAGCUAUGGCCGUCGGCAGUACCUCGAAUCCUACAACCGAAAAGCCUAUGUACGGCCACCUACCGCCUGA